GUCCAGAAAGAAGUCCCCCCCCUCGGCCCCUCCAGGACUAAACAUGAAGUGAAGCUGAUGGAGAAGAUCCCCGAGAGAGCCGAGGCCACCGUCGUCCUCGUGGGCAGCGUGGGCUUCCUGCAGCAGCCCUCCAUGGCGUUUGUGCGUCUUCAGGAAGCGGUCCUGCUGGACUCCGUCCUGGAGGUCCCCGUCCCCGUGAGGUUCCUCUUCCUGCUGCUCGGCCCCCCCACCGCUAACAUUGACUACCACCAGGUCGGACGCUCCAUCUCCACGCUCAUGUCCGACAAACACUUCCACGAGGCGGCGUACCAGGCGGACGAGCGGCAGGACCUGCUGUCGGCCAUCAACCGGUUCCUGGACUGCAGCGUGGUGCUGCCGCCGUCCGACGUCGUCGGGGGCGACGACCUGCUGCGCUCCGUCGCUCGCUUCCAGAGAGAAAUGCUCCGGAAAAGAGAAGAAGAGAACGGCAAAGUGCCGGAGAAACAAGCCAGCAUUCAGGACCAGGACGACCCCCCCGUUCUGACCAAGCCCGGCGAGGAGCCCCUGCGGCGGUCCGGCCGCCUGUUUGGGGGCGUGGUCUCGGACGUGCGGCGGCGCUACCCGCGGUACCUCAGCGACCUCCGGGACGCCCUGAACCCCCAGUGCAUGGCCGCCGUCGUCUUCAUCUACUUCGCCGCGCUGUCGCCCGCCAUCACCUUCGGGGGCCUGCUGGGUGAGAAGACAGAGGGUCUGAUUGGUGUUUCGGAGCUGAUAGUUGCCACGGCGAUACAGGGCAUAGUGUUCAGCGUGCUGGGUGCUCAGCCUCUGCUGGUGAUCGGCUUCUCUGGACCGCUGCUGGUGUUUGAAGAGGCCUUCUACACCGUAAGAUCACCAAAAUAUUAUCUGGGACAAACAU